CGCUGCAGACUCGCUGACUGCGUCACUGAGCAGACACAGAUGUAAUCAGUAUCUCGGUCCCAAAAAAAACAAAACAACUGGGAGGAUCUAUUUUAGCUGGAGUUUAAAUGCGAUGUCAGCAGCUGUGCAGCCACAGAGAGGGGUUCUGUUGUAGAGGAAGAAGAUGAUGCAUUUCUACUAAAAAAAAAAAAAGAGGAGAGGAGAAAUGGCGACGGAACUCAUCGCCAACGCCGUGGCGACAAUCGGCGGACUGAUCACCGGUGUUAUGAAUUAUUUCACCGACAGGUUUCUGACUCUUCCGCUGAUGGCAACUCUGAGAUAUUUAGAGGAGACUGAGCUCAAAACUCUGCAAGAAGCUCCAAGAACCCUGAAAGCCAGAUCUCUGUGGCAGAACUCUGGAGCUGUCAUCAUGGCAGUGAGGAGACCUGGAUGAUUUUUGUGCAGAGAGGAGGCCGCAGCGCUGUCCUCUCUCAGGUCCCAGCUGGAUGAGCUCGGGGUCCCUCUGUUCGCUGUGGUGAAGGAGGACGUCGGCAAUGAGAUCCAGAACUUCAGACCCUACUUCAAGGGGGAGAUCUUCUUAGACGAAGAGAGGCGGUUUUACGGACCCCGUGAGCGGAGGAUGGGUGCCCUGGGGUUCGUGCGUGUCGGUGUGUGGAUGAACAGCUUCAGGGCCAUCAGGAACGGAUUCUUUGGAAACGUCUCAGGAGAGGGCUUCGUACUUGGAGGGGUCUUUGUCAUUGGUCAAGGACAGCAGGGGAUUCUUCUGGAGCACAGAGAGAUUGAAUUUGGAGAUAAAGUCGACCUUGAACACGUCCUCUGGGCUGCAAGGAGAAUAUCACAAGAGCUCCGGCCAUACAGAUAGAACAGUUUUAUCGCUGGUGGAUAACAGAUCGAAUGUCGAGUCCAGACUAAAACGAGAAAAGUGUUUGUUUGUAGAUUGGAUAUGUGAGUUUGUUGGUCUCAGGAUGCAUUUUGCAGUAUGACUUUGUAGUAAUAGGAUCUGAGUGUGUUAAUGAUGGUUUGUCUUUAAACUCAAAAGAGGAAGCAGAUCUGAUGUCUAACACUUGGCUUCCUGUUAUUACUCAGUGAUGCUGUUAUUUUGUUAUUUUGGGAGGUGAGACUCUAGACCUUUGACAAAUAAAACUUUUCUCUGUGCGCUAAA